AUGGCUCAACACUUCCACGUCGCCCACCUUUCUAGUUACAAACCCAAGGAAUCUAGUAGUCCUUCGACCAUUCUUCAACUCGCCAGCCGGCUGCUCCUUGCACCCGCCGGACUCAAAGAGUUGGAGGAUGGUCGAAACCCGAAAGAACCUGUUGUUGUGAGUCAAGAGCACUGGGAAACACCCAGAGAUGGAAAAUCAAGUGAACACAAAGUCGUCGUCGUCGGUGCCGGCAUUGCAGGGCUUCGUGCCGCUUCUGUCUUGCGGUCCCAUGGCAUCCAAGUCGUUGUGCUCGAAGCCCGGCCUGACCGCAUCGGCGGACGUAUUUACACCAGUAGGAAGCCGGGCCAUGCGCCACGAGACAUUGGAGCUGCCUGGAUGCACGAAACCGCAAACAACAAACUUGUCCGCCUUAUUGGCCAGCUCAACAUCGAGCAUUACUAUGACGACGGCACUCCCUUGUACUAUACCAAAGACGGCCGUCUAGGUUCUCAGUUCAAAGCCAAAAAGGUGGCCGAUGAGUUUGCCGAUUACUGUCAAUGGUAUUAUGACGAGAACCCCGACGCCGAAGACAAGCCUGCAUUGACCUUCAUCAAAGAAUGGCUGAGCAACCAUCCAUUAGUCACCGAGGACGAACGCCUUUGGGCUCCUCAGGCUGCUCGUGAGGUGGAAGCAUGGAUUGGGACCAGUCUCGAACAAGCUUCCUCCAAAUAUCUCGCUUACUUUGCCACCGAAAGAAAUCUGUACAUGAAAGGAGGGUAUGACACCAUCGUCGACUGGACUGCCUCGACCCUUCAGGAUCCAGGCGUCAUUCGUCUUGGUCAUGUGGUAACCAAAAUCGAAUGGAACAACGACCGUGACCCAUGUGUUGUCUACACGACCACCGAAAACGGUCAAAAUCCAGUCUUCACCGCUGACGCUGUUGUUUGCACUCUCCCUCUAGGUGUGUUGAAACACAACCUGGUCGACUUCGAUCCUCCUCUUCCCAGCGAUCUGUCGUUGGGCAUUCAGAAGCUCGGCUAUGGCGCUCUCGGCAAGAUAUUUGUCGAGUUCGAAUCCGUUUUCUGGCCAAAAGAUAAUGACCAGUUCAUCUAUUACCCCGAACCAACCACCGAUGCGAUUGACGAGAACUCGAUUCUCUCUUACAUGACCGUCACCAGUAAUAACUGGAUCAUGAGUGGCACCAAAGAAUUGUCCGUUCAAAUCGUCGAACCUCUAACCCAGCGCAUCGAAACUAUGAGGUCCGCCAAAGAGGUCUACGCCUUUUUCGAACCACUUUUCAAACUCUUCCGUACCGAACCUUACAAAAAGCUCCCGCAGGUUGUGAAUCUGGAAACGACACACUGGACGCAGGAUCGUUUUGCUGGAUUCGGUACCUACACUGCCGACAAGACAGGCGAUGAACCUGAAAUAUGGAUGAAGGCAGUGGACAACAACAAGGGAAACAAGCUGCAGUUCGCCGGAGAGCACUGCACGCGGACUGGAAAUGGAUGCGUGCAUGGUGCUUUUGCUGCCGGCGAAACUGCUGCCAUCAACCUCUUGGGUGUGCUGGGAGUUCCUCACAAUGGUGGGGAUCUCUACAGCAGACGUCCAUCGAGGAGGACACCACCCAGACAUUAA